AUGGAUGGUAACAUAAUGACCCGAAUGGGUUUCUUUAUCAAUGAUCUCCAUCGACAAAUCGAUCAACUACACAAAGAACAGCAUAUGGAUGAAAUCUUUACAGUUUAUCGUGGACAAGAUUUAUCGAAAGCAGACUUUAAACAACUAACACAAACAAAAGAAGUUUCACUGCCAUUUGCUGAACGAGCAGUAACGAAUCCAGAUUUAGUAGGAAUUUUGUUUGUAAUGAAAAUUGAUUCAAAACAAUCAACAACAUCAUUCGCUUCAGUUCGUGGCAUUAGUUAUUUCAGGGAUGAUGAUGAAGUAUUAUCCUCAAUGCACACUGUAUUUCGAAUCCAAGAAACCAGACAAAUAGAUGAAAAUAGCAGACUUUUCGAAGUGAGUUUGAUACUUACCAGUGAUACAGACGUAGAAUUAAAUGCACUUACUGAACGCAUACGAGAAGAGAGUUAUACAGACGAAGAAGGACGGGCAAGAUUAGGUUUAGUAUUAGAGAACAUCGGUCAAAAUGACAAAGCUGAAGAGAUUUAUGAAAUGUUACUUGAUCAAAGAACGGAGGAGAGCGAAAAAGCACCAAUCUAUCAUCAACUUGGCUGGAUUAAAGAUAAUCAAGGAAAAUAUCCGGAGGCAAUCAAAUACUAUGAGAAAUCACUUGCCAUUAAAGAGAAGACUCUUCCUCCUAAUGAUCUUCAACUGGCUGUAUCUUACAACAACAUCGGUAUGAUGUAUUCCAAUAUAGGUAGCUAUACAAAAGCACUUCCAUCUCAUGGAAGAGCCCUUACAAUUAGAAAACAAUCACUUCCUCCAAAUCAUCUUGAUUUGGCUAUGUCGUACAACAACAUCGGUUUGGCGUAUUCCAACACAGAGAUGUCAAUAAUCGAUACUCAAACAGAUACAAUUAUCUCUCGUAUCACUCUUCAUUAUCCACCAAGUGGAUUUCUGGUGUCACCGAUCAAUCCAUCAUUAAUCUAUGUAAGACAGUUUACUAUUAGUUAUCCAAAAGGAUUCUAUCCAACAGACGAUGGAUAUCUACAAGAAGUUAAUAUUCAAACUAAUGAACGCGGAAGAAAAAUAAAAAUUGGUCAGAAUGGUUUUUUCUCCAUGCAGUAA